AUGAUCAACACUAUAAUAAUUUAAGAUUAGAGCAAUGUAGAACCUAUCAUAAAUAGUUAUCUAUAUUUAAUAUCUAUUAGUAACCAGUCUUCACAGAUAAUAAUAUGGGACUCAAAUACUGGUAUAAUAAGAGCAAGCUUAAAGGGACACAAAUUUCCUAUAAUGCAAAUUCAUUAUAUUCCUACUUCAUAAAAUAUUAUAAGCUUUGGCUCUGAUGGCGAAGUUAUUACAUGGAAUUAUAAAAAUGGAUAAUUAUUAAGUACAGAAGUGAUUUUUCAAGGAUAAAUUUUACCAAAAAGCCCUAUCGAUUUAAAAUAAAACUCUAUUUUUACUUUUGGGACAUAUGGAGAUUUUUAUGAUAAUAAUUUUAUAACACUAGAGUAUAAGACUUAUUUAGGGCAUACAUAAUAAGUAACACAAAUAUUUAUAAUUGAUUAAAAUAUUUUAAUUUCUUUCAGUGAAGGAGAUAGCAUGAUAAUUGUUUGGGAUAGAAUUCUAUCUUAAAUAAUAUUAAACCUUUAUGGAGGAAUUAAAAAUUUUAGCUCAUUACCUAUUCAACUGUUUGCUAAACAAAAUUCUUAUUAGCAAUAUUUUAUUUAAAUUGUUAUAACAAAUAGUUUAACAAUGAAAACUUAUCUUAUUCCUCUUCAAAUUAAUUUUGAUAAUUAAAAAAAUAUUUGGAGUAAUUAAAUGUUGGAUUAAGUUUUAUUAACAUCAGAUAGUUCAAUAAAUAGCCUAUACGUUGAUAUAAAUAAUAAUUUGAUAUUUUUUGUUGUUAAUUAAUAAUUAAACAUAUGCAGAUAUGAUGACACAAAAAAUGAUUUGAUUAUAAAUCAGUAAAUUUAAUUAUCUUCAAUAUUAUAAAUUUCUAACUAAGAUAAUAUUACUUAAUUGAUUUAUAACUCUAACUCUAUCCUUUUGAUAUCUGAUUUAGGUUAACUAUUUUUAAUAAAAUAUAAUCCUGAGAAUCCUUAAGCUCAAAUUAUAUUAAAUUCAAUACCUCUAUAAAUAGUUUUAAAUACCUAAAUUAUAAAUGGAUUUAUGUACUUAUCAAAGUAUGACUAACUUUUUGUUUUUGGAGGAUAAAUUGUUUCUUACAAUAUUCCUAAAUAAAAUGUCAACUUUGUUAUUUCUUCUUUAUAAUCUCCCUUACCAUAAUAAACAUAAAACCUUAAUCGAUUUGACUUCUCAGAUAUUAGCCAAAUAAUUGUUAAUACCUCUGAUGAUGGUUAAAUAUUUAUUUAUGAUUACUUUGAUGGAAGUUUUCUUAACAAAAUAACACAUCCUGAUUACGAAUACGCUCCUUUCCCUAAAGCUACUUUUAUUAGCAUAGUUUCUGAUGAUAAUUUUUGUGUUUCUUUUAGUAAUUAAUAAAUUGUGUGUUACUCAUCAUAUGAUUAUCAAGUAACUAGUAAAUUUUCAGUAGACGAAUAAAUUAAUUCAUAAAUGUUUGAUAGCAAGCUCAACUUGGUAAUUGUAACAUCAUUAAAUACAGUAUAUAUUUUUGAUUUAACUGCAAAUAAGCUAGCUAGUUAAAUGAACAUAAAAGAUUAAUUCUACUAAACUUAAAUAUAUAGAAUUUUUUAAACUUUAACAUGUUAUAACUAGGCAGGUGAUGCUAUUAUUUUACAAUACCCGAUUCUUAAAAUAAUGUACUAAGCUAAUAACAGUAUAUACAAUCCAAAUAAUGCGUCUUUAACAAUUUAAGAUAAUUUAAAGCUUUAUGAAAUAAAUAUCGUUUGCUUUCAAAAUGGAAACGUUGUUAUUAGAGAUAGUACUUUAAAACUUAUAAAGACUUUUUAAUUCUAAUUUUCUAUAAGCAGAUGCGGAUCAGAUCCUAAUUCCUUACUUCUUUUAGGAGGUUCUUAUGAUGGAACUAUAUUCACUUAAUCAAUAUAUGAUACUUAAAUAUUUUAUAGUCAAAAACUUUUACAUUUCCCUAUAAUUGGUGGUAUGAUAGACUCUGUUAAUAAUAAAGCAAUAUUCGUGGUCGAUUAUGGAUCUUAUGGUGGAGGAGUACUUAUAGGUGACACAAGGUCAUUUAAAAUAGAAUAAACAUAUAACACACAGAAUUUGAUAAGCUACUAUAAUUUAGAUAGCUAUAAGAAUAGAAUGAUUAUUUAAGAUUUAAAUAAUUUAUAAAUUAGCAGUUAUAGUAUAUCUACUUAUUCAAUUUAUUAACAAUAAUUAGCAUAAAAUAAGGAUUUAAGAUACUCUAAAGUGCUACUUAUACAAUCUUAGUAUUUAAUUGUUGUCAUAUCUUAAAUUAUAACUAUAUAAAAAUAUAUCUCUCUUGAUAUAUUUAGGUAAAAUAAUAGACAUAAUUCAUAACCUAUAGACAUAAUUAUAGAUCAAGACAGAUACACAAUAAUAAGUAUAAGUGGUGAUAAUACAAAUAAUCUUUAAAAUAUCAUAAUAUCAACUUAUUAAAAUUAAACUCAAACUCUAAUGAAAAUAUAGAAUAGCAAUUAUCAAAUUUUACCAGAUGUUAAACUAGGAAGAUUAAUACUUUAUGGACCAACAGUGUAAUUUAUAAAUAUUUAGAAUGGUAUAAAAAUAUAGGAAAUAUAUGGAUUUGAUGGGAAUGUUUAAAAUAUAUUUAUUUUAGAUGAUUAUAUUUUAGCUUAUGCUACUUUAGUAUUAUAAUCAAUAGAUAGAAGCAGCAUGACUAUAUAGUUCAUAGGAAAAUCAUCUUUUUAAAUUUUUAAGAUAGUUAUCAUCAAAAAUCUAGCAGCUAUGAUUAGUGACUCAAACGAUUUUACAAUUAAAAUUUGGGAUUAUACGAUAGGAUAAUUUUAGAUAGAUAUAACUAACACUUAUUAUCCAUAAAAUAUUAGAAACAUUUACAUAGAUGAAGAUUCUGAUACUAUAGUGGUAAUCAAUGUUUAAAACCAAAUAUUUACAAUAAAUCCAUUUUUAUAAAAUCAAGAAAUCAUAUUUUGGAAUUACUACUCUUAUAUUGGUAAUCAAGGAAACUAUUUGCCUAAUAAUUUUUAAUCAUAAUAUGGUAUCACAAUAGAUGAUAAUCUUUAUUUUUUGUCAGGUGAUAGCAAUCUUUGGAAAAUGCAAAAUAGCAGUUUAAUUUUUGUUAAAUAAUUUUAAAAUAUACCUACUUUAUUAAAACUUGUUGGAAAUGUUAUUGUAAUAGGGGAUACAUAAUUUGUUUAUAGUUUAAUGAAUGAAUAAGUAAUAGUUUCUAAAUUGAAAAUAUUUCCUAUUUCAUUUCACCCUGAAAAUGAUUAAUUUUAACCAGAUGCAAUAUAGGGAUUAGUAUUUAUUAUUAGUAAAAUAAAUAUAAUCUACUAGGUUUAAGUAAAUUACCAAACAUCUGAAUUGAUAAUAAAGUAAAAUUACACUUUAUUCAGUUAAAAUUCAAGAAUUAGUAAAAUAAUUGUUGUUAAAGAAUUUGGUCACUUAAUUAUAACAGAUAUUAAAGGUAGGAUGUUUUUAAUAGAUUAUAUAAAUUAAGUUUUAGUCUCUCAACUUAGUGAUCAUUAAAUGCCAAUAAGAGACAUCAUAAUAAACACAUAACUUUAGAUUUUAAUAUCUUGCUCAGAAGAACCUAAUAUUAUCAUCUAUUAGUACGAUUAAUAAUCUAUUAUACAAUCCUAAGUUAUAAGUAGCCUAUAGGCUCCUUCUUAGAUGCUCUUAAAUCUUGAAUAGAAUAGAUUAUUAGUUUGGGAAGAUAAAAAAUAAAUAAUAACUGUUUUGAACAUUAAAGAAAAUUAUUAAUUUUAGUAAUUUAUAUUAGCUCCAGGAAAUAACUUAGUUUAAUUAAAGGCUUUUAAAUAAAUCAAUAUAUUAGCUAUUUUUAAUUAAUUUUAAAUAAACUUUUAUAAUUAUGAUUAAUUAUAAUAUUUAUUUAAUUUUAGGAAUCCUUCAAACAUUAACAGUAUUGCAGAUUUAAUAUAUAUAUCUGAUUAAAUUAUGCUGUUGCUAACAUAAUCUAGCUUAUUAGUUUUAUAAUUUUAAAAUGAUACUAUUUUAGUUUUAUAACAAUAUACCAUGUAAAAUCCUAUUAUUGUAAAAGCUUCUGUCUAUAAAAGUGAUCCCUAUUUAAACAUAGUAGGUGUAAGUUUAUAAUAAGCUUUCAAUUUAACCUUAGUGUAUGGAAAUUAAUAUAACAAUAAAAAUUUAUGCUAUUACUAAAUCACUGAUAAUGGGAGUCAAUUUAAUCUAUUGGAUCGCGUAAAUAAUCUUUACUAAUAAAUUAACUCAUAUAAUUUACCUAUUUAAUAUGUUAAAGUUGGUAUUCUUUUGAAUAAUAAUGCAAAAUUUCAAUUUAUUGAUACUUCAAGAAUAUAAAAUAUUAAUAUAUAAAUAGAUUAUAGUGCUUAAUACCCUUUUAAUGAAUAAAACAUAACUUCAAUCUUGCUAUAAUAGUCAGAUUAAUUCCUUUAAUAGAAAUUUAUAAUGGAAAAUAUUUCAGUUUUCACCUUACCUAAUACAAACUACAUUUUCUUCUAAAGUACAUAAAUAUUUAUAUUUAAAAAUUAAUUUUAUAGAGAUCUUUAAUUUAGAAAUGUAAGCCUUUAGCUAAUGUAAGGGAACUUAGCUGAAUUAGAUUUCUAAAAAUUCCAAAAUAUCAGUUUUAAAGCAAUUUACUACUCAUAAGCAGAUGCCUAUAUUUAUCCAUCUUUGUUGACCAUUUAAAAUAUCUAGACAGGAUAUUUAAACAAUUUUCUUAUACUUAAUUGUUCUUUAGAAAAAGCUUCUAUUUAUAGAUUUGAAAACAUAAAAUCAUUAUAUUUAUAUAAUAUACAAAUUGAAAAUAUCAUAACAGAACCUUCUGAUUAAAAUUUAAAAUAUACCAUUUUUUAUUUAGCUAAUAUUAGCAAUGUGUAUAUUAAAAAUGUUACACUUAUUAACAAGUAAGGGCAGGAAUAACUAACUCUAUUUUACAUGCAAGGAAUACAUAAUACCUACAUUUAAGAUUUAAAUGUAUAAAACAUCCAAAAUGUUUAAAUAAUUAACUACUAGAAUAAAUUUGAAGAUGGAGAUGGAAUAUACUAUCUUAAAAAUGAUAAAAUUGAAAUAGUUAAUGUAAAUAUCUAGCAUUCAUUUUCUUCUUCAUCUGAAUUAAUGUAUUUUUAAUCUGAUUAAAUAAUAAUUAAAAAUAUGACGUCAGAUGAUGUAGUAUGCUAAUCAUGCUAUGGUUCAGUUAUAAAUACAUUUUAAAGUUUUAUUAAGCUGUUUGACUCAUUCUUUAGUGAUAAUAUUUCAUUAUUAGGUGGUUCCAUUUUUUUAAGUUAUUGUAAUAAGCAAUCUGCUUUUUAAAAUACUAAUAUAACUAAAUGCUAAGCAGAAAUAGGUGGGGCUUUGGUUCUUAUUUCAUGUGAUUUGAUUCUAUAAAAUUCUUUUAUUUAUAAUAAUGAAGCAUAUAUUGGAGGAGGUGUAAGAUACCAGGUUUAAAUUCCUUCUUUUAUAAGAGAUAUUAAUCUUAAGGAUAAAAUUUUUAACAACAAAGCUAAAAUUUAUGGAGAUAACUUUGCUUCCUAUCCUUAAAGCUUGAAAAUUUCUUUUUAUGAUGACUAAUAAACAGGAUUGAAUAGUGUUUAAUAAAAUGUAAGUGAUUUAUAAAAUUUCCAGAGUGGUAGUUAAUUAAAAAUUCAAGUUUAGUUUAUCGAUGAAGAAAAUUAACCUUUAAAUCUAAACUAAUAUUUUAUACAACCAAGUAUAUCAAAUGAAAUUAAAUCUGAAAUAUAAAGUUUAUCAGUAGGAAUUGCUUCUUAUAGUUAAAAUGUUAUCCUAAAUGGAGAAACUGUCAGCUUCAUAAAACAAUAUGAUUAAAAAUCCUUUUCUUUUAAAUUUACAUAACUUUAGGUUACUGGUAUACCUGAUUCAUAAGGUUUAAUUUCAGUAUAUAGCCCGUCUAUUAUAGUCCCUAAUCCUUAAUCUAGUAAUUUUUCUAACUAAUCAGUUAUCUAUUCAAUAAAUAUUUACUUUAGAGAAUGUAUAGAAGGGGAGUAAUAUAUAAAGGUUUUAUAAGGUAUUUAUCAAUGCUAAACAUGCCCCCAAGGCAUGUAUUCUUUAAAAAAACCUGAUUUUGAUUAAAAGAUUUAUGGGUAAUGCUAAGUUUGCCCUUCAGCAGCAUCACUUUGCCAAAAUAACACUAUUAUUUUAAAAAAUGGCUACUGGAGGGAUAGCAAUUCGACAGAUAAAAUCUUUAGUUGUUACAAUAACAUGGAUAAUUGUAUAGGAGAAGAUCCAUAAAAUAUAAACUAUUGCAGAGAAGGUUAUGUAGGACCACUAUGUGAAACUUGUGAUUUUGAAGGGAAAAUUUGGGGUGAUAAAUAUUAAGAAUAUAAUAAUUACUAUGAAUGCUAAAAGUGCUAAAAUUAAGCAUUUAGAUCUUCUUUCUAAGCAUUUAUAUUUAUUUUCUUAAUUUUAUAUAUUCUGUUUUGCUUAGAAUAAAUGAUUAGAUAAAAUAGAAGAUCUGCAUAUAUUUAUUAUUUAAGAUAGAUGAACAUAGCUAGCUUCGGAGUAAGCGAAGAUUAAAAUAUGGUUACUGUUUACCUUAAAGGGAUGAUGCAUUAUAUGUUUAUAAGCAAAGUACUCAGCUAAAAACUUACCUUUUCUUAAAUUUCUGACAAUUUAGGGGUCUUAAGUCUUCCAAGUAGUGGGCUGAAAAACAAUAUUUCCUGCUAUGAAUUUCUUUUUCAUUUUAAUUUAGGUUUUUACAUGAUAAGAAAUUUAAUCACUAUAUUUAUAUUUCCUUUAUUAUUAAUAAUUAUUAUAUAAAUAAUAUCUUAGUUGGUAGCUAAAUUAUUUCAUUAUUGCAAUUACGAUGGUUUUAUAGGAUUAAAGUAUAUGCAUUCUUGUAUAAUUAUUUUUACCCUCUUUUAACCAAAUGCUGUACUUGAUAUUGUCUAAUUUGUUUCUUGCAGAUAAAUAGGUAACAAUCUAUAUAUAGUUGAUUAUCUAAGUAAGGAAUGCUAUACGACUGAACAUUUAUAAUUCAUUCUUAUUUUUAACCUUCCUAUGUUGCUAUUAUGGGGAUUUAUACUACCACUAGUUAUUUUAGCUCAAAUGAAAAAAUAUCGUAAUAAUCUUCAAGGCAUUUUACCUACACUUAGAUAUGGAUUCUUUUAUAAAGAAUAUAAACUUAAUAAUUACUACUGGGAAUUUAUUAAAUUUUAUAUAAAAACUGCUAUAUCAAUAAUUGAUUCAUUUUUUAGAGAUUAACAGGUUGUUAAAUAUUCUCUUGUUUCCUUUAUCAUAAUUAUCUACUUAGCUUUUUUAAAAAGCUAGAAUCCUUACAAAAAUUAAUAUGUAAAUAAGCACGAUUAAAUAGCUCAUUUAAUUCUUUUGAUUAACUUAACUAUAGGUAACAUUUCAAACUCGAACUCUUAUUAGUUAUUAGUUGCUAUCUGCUUAAAUUUAAUUUCAUUUCUACACUAUUUACUUAUUUUAAGCUAUCUCCGACACAUUCUUUAGGAAUAUACAAAGCAAUUAGCUAUUAAAAUUUUAUAACUUUUCCCUUCUCUUAUAUAAAAAUUUUAAAGUCUCCAAACCUUUGUUAAGAGAUCUAAAAAUCUAAUUUAAGUAUUUUUAAAUUGGAAAAAAGUGAAAAGAGCUAUUUUUAGAUUUGUUAAGAAUAAUAAUUAAAUUCAGUCUUUAACUCAAAUUUAGAACAAUAAUUAAAAUUCUGAAUUUUCUAUUUCUAAAAAAGAGAUGAAUAAAAAUAAUACGAACGAACAAAUUAGUUUUAAUUAAUUUAGUGGUAUUCAUUAAAAAUUUUUCUCUUCAGUAAACUUUUUAAAGCAAACAAGUGCAACCUAUUUUUAAAGAAAAAAGACACUAAAAUUAAAUAAUUUUGACUCACCGACAUUAUUCUUGAAUAAGAGUAAGCACAUUAUAAAUAAUACCAAUACUUCCACUGAUUAGAAUAACAUAGAAAACAUAAAUCAAAUAGACAAUUUAGACUUUAAUAUUGACUAAGAAAACCAAGUUUAAGAAAACUAAUUAGAAAAUUACAAUUUUGAUUUAAUUAAAAAAUGUAACAAAAAUUUUAAGUAGAAAUGA